AUGAUCAAUACACGUUUAGAUCUUCCUCCAGCAAGCUCAUCCGUCCCGGAUAUCCCUCCACCUCCUGAGGAAUACCAUACCCCUCAAGAAGAGUCGUCGGAGAUGCCAGCACCUCCUCAAGCUGUUGUUUCCGCCGGAGCUUUUGAGGAACUUCACCAGCAGGUGGUUGCAUUGACCCAACUGCUAAGUCAGAGAAAUUCGCAUCCAUCACACACCCCAACACCUGAAGGUGGCUUUAUGGCAGAUGCCCGGACUCGAAUUCAUCAUGCAGCCCAUGAUGACGAUGGGGUUGGAACCUCAGGGGUACCACAAGUUGCAUCAGGUUCAAGGUCCGUUACAAUAGACUUCGCCAAACUUGCAAGAAUUAUUCAAGAAGGGAUAGCAGUGGGUAUGCAACAAAAUACUCGGGCAGCAACAAGGUUCACCCCCAAUACACCAUUCACUCCAGAAGUCCUCUCGUACCCCCUUCCCGAUAGGUUCAAGUAUCCUCGGAUAAAGGAAUACGACGGGACAACUGACCCCAUCAAUCAUCUCAAUGUAUACACGGAUAUCAUGAACUUACGAGUUGCACUAGAUGCGGUAAUGUGCAAGGCAUUCCCCCAAACCCUCACAAAUGCGGCUAGAGAUUGGUUUUCCACAUUGGAACCGAACUCUAUCACCUCCUUCUCAGAUUUGGCUGAUAAGUUAUUCGCUUUGUGCAGCAGCAAACGAAUCAGAAAGACAGCCGCAUCGCUCGUGCAGAUGCGUCAAGGACCCAACGAAACACUGCGCAGUUUCAUGACCAGGUUCAAUAAAGAAAGGCUUCAGAUCCCCGACCUACAUAUCACAGCUGCAGUCUCAGCUCUGACUUACGCCAUCAAGUGCGAAGCAUUCAAAAUGUCCUUGUCUAAAACCCCGCCGAAGUCAGUAAACGAGCUACUCACACGGACUGAGAAAUACAUGAAUAUGGAAGAAACCAUGGCCCCAAAAAGGAAAGUUAGCUCAUCAGGGAGGUUGGAUCAGAAAAGGCCACAUGAGUCCAGCUUAAGGCUAGAGACACCUAGGGUCAAACCAAGAAAGGAUCCACCUUCAACGACUUUUACCCAUCUGAACACUUCGAGAGAUCACGGCCAUACAACAGAAGACUGUCUAGCCUUAAAGCGGGAAAUCAAAGCUCUUAUAAGAAGGAGAUUUCUGAGCUCUUACAUUAACAAUGAGAAACACCCAAGGAAUAACCAGAACGAGGGGAAAGGCCCAGAGGAUCGGGGAAACAAGCAACCAAAUGUAGGCACUAUCAAUAUCAUUGUCGGAGGAACAGACUCGGGAGGAGACUCUAGUAGUGGGCGAAAACAAUAUGCCAGGCAGCGUCCAAUCAUCUCAAGACCAGAUCUUGGUCGUACAGAGGACAUCAAUUUUGGAAUGGAUGACUUAGAAGGCAUAGCAUUCCCCCACGAUGAUGCCCUUGUCAUAUCGGCCAUCAUCGCCAACUUUGAAGUCAAGAGAAUUCUGGUAGAUAACGGAAGUGCAGCAAACAUGCUGUCUCAUGAAGCUUUUGUUCAAAUGGGGAUCUCGUCAGAACAACUAAAGCCAGUGAAAACAUCCCUCCAAGGGUUCGGAGGUGGGGUCAUCACCCCGGAAGGUAUCGUUGGGUUACCCUUAACAUUGGGAGUCGAAGGUAAACAUGUGAUGCAAAUCACUACCUUUGAAGUCGUUCGUACGCCAAUGGCUUACAACGCCAUAUUGGGAAGACCAAUGCUCAACAGAAUUUGA